AUGUCCGCCUUCUGGAUCGGAUACGGAAGCAAUAACAUCGGCGGAACCGGCGACACUCAAUCAAACCUCGCAUGGCAGCUACCUUCAAUCAUACAAGGAAUUCCGGCUUGCCUUCUUGCACUCGGAAUUUGGUGGAUGCCAUUCUCUCCUCGCUGGCUGGUCAAGAAAGGGCGAGUAGAAGAAGCGAGAAAGACACUCGCUUGGCUUCGAAAACUUCCCAUCGAUGAUGCCAUGGUACAAGUGGAAUUUCUGGAAAUUCAAGCCGAGGCGCUUUUUGAGCAACGGGCUUUUGCAAAAGCGUUUCCGGAUCUCGCUGCCAGGGAGAAUCAGAAUGUGCUGUUUAGGGAAUUGGCGCAGUAUGUGAACUGUGUUCGGACAAAGGACAAUUUCAAACGUGUUGCUACGGCUUGGUUGGUUAUGUUUUUUCAGCAGUGGAGCGGAAUUGAUUCCAUCAUCUAUUACGCCUCUGAGGUCUUCGUCAGUCUAGGUCUCAACACCGGUACCGUUGCCUUGCUCGCAACGGGCGUUACUGGUGUGGUGUUUUUCGUCUGCACAAUUCCUGCAAUGCUUGUCAUUGAUAAAGUAGGAAGGAAGCCUAUGCUCCUAGCAGGGUCUGGCUUGAUGUUCGCGGCCAUGGUCAUUGUGGGAGUAAUUGUGGCCAAGUUCCGUCAUGAUUGGGAGCAUCAUGCCGUAGCCGGCUGGGCAGCAGUUGCAUUAAUUUGGGUAUAUAUCGGCACUUUCGGCGCCACAUGGGGCCCGGUAUCAUGGACACUUGUCUCGGAGAUCUUCCCACUCUCGAUCCGUGCCAAAGGAGCCUCAAUCGGUGCAUUCAGUAACUGGAUCAACAACUUUGCGAUUGCCUUAUUUGUGCCACCCAUGUUCGAUGCAUGGGCUUGGGGCACGUAA